AAUCAAUCUGCCCACGUUUUAAGCAUAAUUGGUCCAACCGGUUCACCGUUAGUCCGAAUCUUCGUCAACAUUAACCCUAAUUUCAUUGUAGCGACCCAAAAUCUCCACCAAGAAAAAAUCGGAAUCGCUCUCGCGAAGAUCAAACCCCCCUCGUAAAUCACCGAGUUAACAUUGACUGUAGGCUGGGUUUCGAACCCGUGAUGGGUGCUCCUAAGCAGAAAUGGACUCAAGAAGAAGAGUCAGCUCUAAAGUCCGGCGUUGUCAAGCAUGGACCUGGUAAAUGGCGCACCAUUCUCAAAGACCCUGAGUUUAGUGGAGUCUUGUACCUCCGUUCCAAUGUGGAUCUUAAGGACAAAUGGAGAAAUAUGAGUGUCAUGGCCAAUGGAUGGGGAUCGCGUGAUAAGUCUAGGUUAGCUCUUAAAAGGACGCACUCGCUUCCUAAACAGGAUGAUAGCUCACUUGCUAAUACAAGCUCAUUGCAAAGUGAUGAAGACAUGGCUGAUGCUAAGCAUUUUUCUACCACCGGCACUUCUGCACUGCAACUUCCAACUACUCCUACUCCAAGGAGACCUAAUGUAAGGCUGGAUAGCCUUAUAAUGGAAGCAAUAUCUACCAUGAAAGAGCUUGGUGGCUCUAACAAAACAACAAUUGGUGCCUACAUUGAGGAACAAUAUCACGCUCCGCCAGACUUCAAACGGUUGCUGUCUACCAAGCUAAAGUACUUGACAGCUUGUGGUAAACUCAUCAAGGCUAAACGCAGGUAUAGAAUUCCACACUCCACUCCUCUGUCUUCCCACAGGAGAAGACAUUUGGGAACACCGUCUGGAAAACAGAGUGUUCUUUCUUUGCCUUCACCUAUAACAGACAGAGAUGAAGUGAAUGUUCAGUCAAAGGCUCAGAUUGAUGCAGAGUUAGCCAGGAUGAAGACUAUGAACGCACAUGAGGCGCAAGCGGCUGCCGAACAGGCAGUUGAAGAGGCAGAAGCCGCCAUGGCGGCGGCUGAAGAAGCUGCAAAGGAAGCAGAAGCAGCAGAAGCCGAAGCAGAAGAAGCUCAAGCUUACGUUGAAGAAGCUUUAAAGACAGUUAAAGGAAGAAACAACUGCAAAAUGAUGGUCUGUACGUGAGGUUACAGAGAAGAAGAAGAAGAAUGUGUUGCAGGUGGGGAGAGAGAGAAGCAUAGAAGUAGUUUUUGUGUAUUGAUGAUUCUCUACUUGGGAACUCUUUUUAGUUGUAAGCAGUAAUCUCAGAUGCAUUGCUAUUGUAUUGUUCAUACUUUACAGCCAAAAUAAGUUACAAAAAACUGAAAACAUAGAAAUGCUACAAACGUGGUGAAUAUUUUUGGUUUUGGGAGGGCGAUGUAUCGAUGGUGAAAAUUUAAAAAAACUGGAUAUAUACAAAGACUCAUGUUUCCAUACU